AUGUGGAAUUUGAAAUGCAACAAACAGAAAAUGAUGCAAGAGUUUCAUUUAGGAACGAAUGUGAAUCGGCAUCCACAAUUUAGAGUAAAUCAACAAUACUUGUUUUAUGAGUUAAAUAAGGCGAUUAUUCGUCAGUUAUGUCGUGGAAUUUACCAUAAACUGAAUAUAACUAAUCCACGGAUUCGUUACACGGCUGCGGAGUAUUUAGAGGCUAUGUCGAAAGAAAUUUUGGAAUCCGACUUAAAUACAAUGUUUUCUUCACUUCGAAAUACGGAACAAUAUUGGCGUAGACCGAGAAGUGAUUUGUCUUGCAUGACACAACAUUACGGACCUGCGACAUGGUUUCUAACAUUAAGUCCUAGUGAAUGGCUAUGGGACGAUUUAGGUGAAUAUAUUCGUGAAAAUGAUAAAAAUAAAUCAUUGGCAAGUGUUCUAUGGAAUUUUGGUUUACGAUCCAUAAGCAAUAGAGAAUGUGGAGCUCUUGAAGCUGCUGAUACGUUGCUAGGUAUUCCUUUAUAUGGGACUGAUCGCAAUACGCCGAUUAAAUGGUUAGAUGUUAAUGUAAUACGGCAGAGGAAAUUAAAAAAUCGUAAAGAAAUUGAAGCUCUUGAUGAGGAUCUUAGAGAUAGUUGUGAUACUUAUGCGGAAUCAUUUCAUAAAGUAAAACUGCAUCUUACGGAGGCAUUGCAAUACCAUGAAAAGCUAGAAGAAUUAAAAAAAGCAUUUGAAACUGCGCAAGAGUUAGUUCGGCAAUUACUAGAUGAAGAAUUACAAAAAAACGUGUCUCAGGAUGACCCUGACAAUCCGAUAGGCGUUCAAAAUAUAGAAGCUGUCUCAAAUGAUAGCACAAUUAAAUACGGAUCAAAAGGAACAUUCGAUAGAGUCAUUGAUACUAUAAGGUCAGAUAAUUCGAUAUUACGAUUGUAUGUUAGCGGAGAAGGUGGAACUGGAAAGAGUUUCUUAAUUAAAACAAUUAAGUGUUGGAUAAAACAAUAUCUCAAUAAAGAUACCGCUAUAGCAGCACCUACUGGCAUAGCAGCGUUUAAUAUAGACGGUUUGACAGUUCAUAGAUUGCUUCAAUUACCUGUUGAACAUGGUCUUACUCCAAACUAUAAACAAUUGUCUGAUCAUGUGUUAAAAGUUUUACGAGCAGAUCUCAAGGAUGUUGCUCUUUUUGUGAUUGAUGAAGUGUCAAUGAUAUCUAAUUUGACUUUAAUGUAUAUACAUCUUCGAAUGUCUGAAAUAUUUAAUACUAAUGAUUGUGAAGACGGUUGGUUCGGUAGAAAGCACAUUCUUUUAUUCGGCGAUCUGCUUCAAUUACCUCCUGUACGUGAAGAUCCUAUUUUUGUACGAUUACCAAAUGACAAAAUUAAUAAAUGUAUGGGUUCUUUAACUGCUGUUAAUUUAUGGACUACAUUAUUUGAUUAUGAUGAGUUGACGAUCAAUAUGCGUCAGCAAGGGGAUGACUCUUAUCGACAGUUGUUGUCAAGAAUUUGUAUUGGUUUAGUGACAAAUGAUUUUCCGUUGGACAUUGUUUGUUUAUUGCCUACUCGUCAUAUGUGUGAUGUUCUUAAUGCUGCAAUGUUAAACCGCAUUGCUUCGAAAGAGAUAUUAUUAAUUGCCCAAGACACGAUUGACUGUAUACCAUAUGUGAGAAAGAAAGUAUCAAAAGUGUUAUCGAAUAAUGAUGAUGAUAAUUCUAAAACUGCUGGACUUUCAAAAGAAAUUGCAAUUAAGAUUGGAGCAAAAGUUAUGAUAAGGCGUAAUAUUGAUGCUACCUUAGGUCUUGUGAAUGGUACAAUUGCUAAGGUAAUUUCAGUUGUACAAGAUACGUCUACCGGUGAUGUAGAAAAAAUAAAGCUUCUUUUACCAUCAGGAUUAGAAUAUUUAAUUGAAAGAGUGAGCGUUAAAUUUCAAGUGGUGAAUAGAGCGUUUGUUACUAGAAAACAUUUUCCAUUGUGUCUGAGUUAUGGAAUCACUAUUCAUAAAAGUUAAGGAUUGAGCUUACAAAGUGCUAUUAUGGACAUAGGCAACUCUAUAUUUAAUUGUGGUCAAGUUUAUGUUGCAUUAUCACGAGUAACGUCUCUAGAAGGGUUGCAUUUAAUUAACUAUGAUCCUUCGUCAGUAACAGCUGAUGAAAAAGCUAUUAGGGAAUAUAAUCGACUAAGAAAUAAGUACAAACAAGAAGCAGAAGUAAUUACUGUUGCAAAAGAACGCUAUCGCAAAGUGAAAGAUGUUCAAUGGGCAUUAUCAAAACAUUACAAUGUCUAA